UUGUUCUCUAGCUCUUUCCCUUGAGGAAUUUAUUUUUUUUCUCUCUUGCUGAAGACCAGAUUCUGCCCUUCUGCUGCACGGCAAUGUUUUCACAGUUUCUCUUUUUUUUGUCUCUUGUGAUUUUCUAGAGCCCUGCUGAAUUCACCAGUAAAUUCUGAAUGUGAAGAACAGGAAGUGGCUGCGCUGGGGGAGGCAGAAAGUAGAGAUUGAAAGUAAAAGAGAACUUCCUGGAGGCGUUUCCAUCCCUCCUCCCCACACUGGUCAACAGGCUUUUUUCUGGUUGCAUGGGCAAGGCUUAGGAAUUCGAGCGUGUGAAAUUAGACAGCUUAGGGGGCUUGACUUCCAGGACUUGGUGACUGUGAUGUUGCAGAGACAGGGUGGAGCAGAUGUUCCUGGGUAAAAACAGACUGUGAAGAAGCUGCUGCCACUGUGAGGUUCCCAGGAUUUUCUUUAAUAAGGCUAAACUACCUUCUCCUAACACUUGACCAUCAUGAAUUUCAGCAAAUGUCUCUAUAAUAUUGGGGAACAGCUAGGCAGUGAUGAACUGGCCUCCCUCAAAUUCCUGAGCCUGGACCACAUCCCACAACGGAAGCAGGAACCCAUCAAGGAUGCCCUGAUGUUAUUUCAGAGACUCCAGGAAAAAAGAAUGUUAGAGGAAAACAACCUGUCCUUCCUGAAGGAGCUGCUUUUCCGAAUAAAUAGACUGGAUUUGCUGAUCACCUACCUGGACACCAGCAAGGAGAAGAUGGAGCAGGAGCUUCAGAUACCAGGCAGGGCCCAGAUAUCCGCCUACAGGGUCAUGCUUUUUCAGAUUUCAGAAGAUGUAAGCAAACUGGAAUUGAGGUCCUUUAAGUUUCUUUUGAGCCAGAAGAUCUCCAAAUGUAAACUGGAUGAUGACAUGAACAUGCUUGACAUUUUCAUAGAGAUGGAGAAGAGGGUUAUUCUAGGGGAAAGAAAUUUGGACACCCUGAGAAAAAUCUGUGACCAAGUCAACAAGAACCUGCUGAAGAAAAUCAAUGACUAUGAAGAAUUGAGCAGAGAAAGAAGAAUGAGCCUUGAAAAAAGUCCAGAUGAACUUUCCAAUGAUCUGCCUCAAUUUUUCAUGAAGGAAGCAUUAGUUGAAGAGCUGCCAAUGUCAGACUCUCCAGGAGUACCAGACAGUGAGUCCCAGGUAUCAAUCGAAGUUUACCCGAUGAAAAGCAAACCGCGAGGAUAUUGUUUAAUCUUCAACAAUUAUGAUUUUAGUAUAGCACGAAAGGAUGUGCCCAAACUUCAGAGCAUUAAGGACAGGAAUGGAACACACUUGGAUGCAGAGGCUUUGAGUAAGACCUUUAGUGAUCUCCAUUUUGAGGUAGUGUGUUACGAAGACUCCACAGCAAAGGAAAUCCGUGAGAUUCUAAAAUCCUACCAAAAGAUGGACCACAAUAACAGGGACUGCUUCAUCUGCUGCAUCCUCUCCCAUGGAGACAAAGGAAUCAUCUAUGGCUCUGAUGGGCAGGAAGCCCCCAUCUAUGAGCUGACCUCUUACUUCACUGGCUUGCGGUGCCCAUCCCUUGCAGGCAAACCCAAAAUCUUUUUUAUUCAGGCCUGUCAAGGGGAUAACUUCCAGAGAGGUAUAGCUGUUGAAACUGACUCAAAACAGAAGGAAGACUGUUUAGAAAUGGACUCAUCAUUUCGAAAGAAAUACAUUCCAGAUGAGGCUGACUUUCUGUUGGGGAUGGCCACUGUGAACAACUAUGUUUCCUACCGAAACCCCUUGGAGGGGACCUGGUAUAUCCAGUCACUUUGCCAGAGCCUGAGAGAAAGAUGUCCUAGGGGUGAAGACAUUCUCGCCAUCCUGACCAAAGUGAACUUCGAAGUAAGCAAUAAGGAUGACAGGAAAAACAUGGGGAAACAAAUGCCACAACCCACUUUCACACUGAGAAAAAAGCUCUUCUUCCCUCUUCAUUGAUGCUGCUGUUUAGUUGCAUAACACUAUGCUUAAUUUGUUUGUUACUAAAAUGUUGCUGUUUUGCUUUUUUUGGGGGGGGGAUGGCAGGAAGGGGAGUCAGGGCAAUCUAAUGCAUAAGAAGACUCCUCUUAGGAAGUCAACGUCACCGAAACAAUGCAUUCUGUGUGAAUACUUUCCUUUUUCCACCCCCUUUCUGCCUUUGGGAACUUCUCCCUUUCUGCAGCUUGGUGGAUCUCCCGCCUGUUACUAGAUGGGAUGCUGCCCAAUUCUUGAGUCACUGAAGGAGCUAGCUUUACUCAGUUGGAUUUUUGUUGUCUGACAGUAUGCAGGGGAAUGCCAGGGACUCUUCUAAAAGGUCAGUGAGGAGGACUUUUGUGAUACAACCCAGCUAAAUAAAAAAACCCUCAUGUGCUGAAGUCCCACAUCAAGUGUGCUCUCUGCUGUGAGCGUGAUAAGCCCUCUCAGAAACACAUCAGGCCUCUCCUGAGAGCAGUGAUGAGAGGAGGUGAGGAGAUUCUGCUUUCCACUGCUGAAAGGCAGCAUGGCUCUGUGUGGGCCUAGACUUCACAAAACCCAGGGAUAAUUCUUGUUUUUAUUAUUCGUAAGCACAUCAUGAAACACAUUUUUUGGAAAGGAUUGAUGUUAACUGAAUAUUAAUUUUGUUGCACUUCUGGUCCCUCCCUGUCCAAGUCAUCCUUUACACUAAUUUGUUUCUUUAAAACAGUAAUAAAAAAAUAUAAUUUCUUAUGUAAAAAAUCUUUAAAAAUUCAAAAUUCUCUAUACAUUCUUUAUAAUCUGUUUCCAAACUCUCUUUUAAGCCUUUCUCUUAAAUCUCUAGAAUAUAUACAAGCUUCUGUACCAAGGAACAGAUCUGCUUUUCUGCUAAUAUUGCUGUGCUCCUGUCAUGCAAUUGCACUUGCCUUUUAUGUACUCAGUUUGUUCUAAAUCUUUAUGCAUUAUCAUUAAAAGCUAUUUUGUAAGAA